AGUUGACAUAGUGGCGCUGGGGCUUUCUUGUUUAGCAGUUACUGUACUCUGUCUCUGACAUUUUACACUGAUGUGACGGGAUAGUUGUAACUUACACUUCCCCCGGUCAGGUUCAAUUACAUUACUAAUUGAAACUAAUGUUACUGAUUAAGCCACACACACCCUUUUGCAUUUUGCAAUGACUUGAGGGUUUUCUUGACCUUCUUUGAAUUUUUUGACCCAUGCCUCUCUCGUUUGUACUCUUCUACUUUAAAUGGCAGAGAUGAAUUCUGGGGACUUGUAUAAGAAGAACUACAGUAACCAGCAGUUAGUGCAAUGUAAUGUGCAGAUCGUCUUUAUGGCUUCAUACCAAAAGAGUGCUAUUUAUGGGAAGCUAUUGACUAAGCAAAGUGGUUUCAGCCUUCAGGGUUUCUGAUGAGUGGGUUUUAUCAUCUCAUCCACUUUGUUUUAUAGGAAUUUUGACUAUUUGAGUGACCCGGUAAUAACUUGGAUCGUUUGCUUAUUGGUCAGAGCAGGGAGAUGAACUUGGUCUGUGUCUUGAGUUGGGUUUGGACCUUGGUAUGUAUCUUUCUUUGAAGCUUAUAACUGGAAGACAUAGAUUGAUGCCAAUUGGCAAAUAUGUAUGCAGCCGGCUGGCAAAAACUUAAAUUGGCUGCUGAAGAAAUAAAGAAAAGGUCAUUCAUAAUUUUUGGAGGAAGCAAACGCAAUGCUUAUGUGUGAUAUAUGUCAUUUAGUUUAGGUUGAAUUAAGAGUUGGCAACCACAUCUCCAAUCCAGAAUUGACUGCCAAAAUGUACAAAGAAAUUUCGGGUUGGCUC